GCCUCGUCCGUGCAACAGCGAGCCUUCAUCAUGUGCUUCCGACCACAUAUACAUCGAGUGUUGAAUCCGACGACGGGAGUAUAAAUCACCGUGAGGUUCCUUCGGUGCAGGUCGAAGAUGGUCGCCCUCGCCCUCCUGGUGCUCCUAACGGCCGACCUCGUCCUAGCGGGGAUCCGCAUCGCACCCCCGCGCGGCGCUCUCGUCGUCCGCCCGAGAGGAACCCAGCCCGGCGAGUUCACCUCGAUCAGCGCGGCCGUGAACGCGCUCUCGAACGAUACCUCGCCCCAGAGCGUAUUCAUCUACCCGGGCACAUACGCCGAGCAAGUCAACAUCACGCGCAGUGGGCCGACCACGCUAUACGGCUACACGCUCGACACGGCGACCUACGCGCUCAACACCGUCACCCUCACGGACCACAAAGACGCGACGACCGCCGGCUCGAACGACCUCUCGGGCACGCUCCGGAUCGAGGCCCCGCACGUCGCGCUCUACAACCUCGACGUCCGGAACACCUUCGGCCUCCCCCGCGGCGUCAACCAGGCCAACCAGGCCAUCGCGCUCUCCAACUACGGCGACCGCGUCGGCGUCUACGGAUGCGGGCUGUACGGCUAUCAGGACGUGCUGCUCGCGAACCAGGGCGCGCAGGUCUACCUCCGCUCGCGCAUCGAGGGCGGCAUCGAUUUCGUGUUCGGCCGCCUCGGACAGGCGUAUUUCAAGCAUAACACGAUCGCCGUCACCGCGCCCGCGAACGUGACCGCGUCGGGGCGACAGACGAACGACUCGGGCAUAUAUCUGUUCGAGCGAAACGCGCUCGUCAAGACGGCCGACGCGUGGGCGAACACGAGCGGGAACGUGUACUUUGGCAGACCGUGGGGCGACUACGCCCGGGUGGUGUUCAAGUCGACGUUCGUCACCGUGCCGAUGGCACCGAAGAUGUGGAACCCGUGGCACCCCGGCGACGAGCGCACCGACCACGUCCUCUUCGCGGAACACGACACCUACGGCCCCGGCGUGCCCGCGCACCCGCAGCGGCCGAACUUUACGACGUUACUCACGGACGAGGAAGCGAGCAGGUAUAACAUCACGUUUGCGCUCGGGAAUGGAUGGGCGGAUUGGGUGGACGAGAGCUACCUGUGA